UCGCUCGCUGUCAAACAGCAAGGAACAAAAAUAAAAAAAGUAAACUGCGGGCUGGUUCGGGUUUAUUUUUCCGUAAGAAAUAACAGAAAAAUGGAUUCGGAAGACGCAGCACAAACAAUAUUCGAUUCGGCGUCCUCACUGGUGGAAGGCUGCCGGUUACCGGUGAAAAUGAGCGGGACGAACGAUUGGCCACUAGCGGAAAUCAUUAGCAUUCGAGAGGGCUCGGACCGGAAAUGCUAUUACUACGUACAUUAUGUAGAUUUUAACAAACGACUAGACGAAUGGGUAACGGAAGAGUUUCUCGAUAUGCGCAAGGUGCAGUUCCCACGCAAAGACGGGCUAACGACGGGUCAAAACACUGGCGUAACGACACCGAAAAAAUUACCACCCGCGCUUACUUGCUCCCGUCCUGCCAGUCCGAUCCAGGCACCCGCCGAAAUCACGGUCAACGGUGGUGCUGUGCUAGAGGCAGCACUGCAGAAAAAAAUCAGCCGCAAACGGAAAGCAACCUCCACUGAAAACGAAGAUUCGGAAGAUGUCCCAUCGACACCGACGCCACGCCAAUCGGGCAGCAUGGUAGCACACCACGACGAUGUGGUGACGCGGAUGAAAAACGUACAGCUGAUCGAGCUCGGCCAGCAUCGUAUCAAACCGUGGUAUUUUUCACCCUACCCGCAGGAAAUGUGCACCAUGUCGUGUAUCUACAUCUGCGAAUUUUGUCUCAAGUACCGCAAAAGCCGCAAGUGUCUCGAGCGGCACACGAAAAAGUGUAACCUGCGGCAUCCACCCGGAAACGAGAUCUAUCGCAAGAGCACGAUCAGCUUUUUCGAGAUCGACGGAAGAAAGAACAAAAGUUACGCACAAAACCUUUGCCUGCUAGCGAAACUGUUUCUCGACCACAAAACGCUGUACUACGAUACGGAUCCGUUUCUGUUUUACGUGAUGACGGAGUACGAUACGCGCGGGUUCCACAUCGUCGGGUACUUUUCGAAGGAGAAGGAAAGCACAGAAGAUUACAAUGUGGCGUGCAUACUAACUAUUCCACCGUACCAGCGUAAGGGCUACGGAAAACUACUAAUAGAAUUUAGUUAUGAAUUGUCGAAAUUCGAAGGGAAAACGGGUUCACCGGAGAAGCCAUUGUCCGAUUUAGGUUUACUAUCGUACCGCAGCUAUUGGGCGCAAACGAUACUAGAAAUAUUAAUCCUCCAGAAGCCAACCGGAGACAACGAAAAACCACAAAUAACGAUAAGUGAAAUAUGUGAAAUGACCAGUAUAAAGAAAGAGGACGUCAUCUCCACGCUACAGAUACUGAAUCUAAUCAACUACUAUAAGGGACAGUACAUUAUCUGCAUCAACAAGGAAACGAUCGAACAGCACAAAAAAGCGAUGGAAAAGCGCAAGAUACGAAUCGACUCCAAGUGUCUCCACUGGAACCCGAAGGACUGGUCGAAGCGAUCGAAAUGGUAAAAAAUGGCCACCCCCAUCGAACCGAUUCAAUCAAAGGAGCCACAGACUGUUGUAGCGGUUGUCA